AUGAAUAUUAGCACAAGUAGGCGAAGUUAAUAAGAUCAACAACAAUCUUCUUAAAAUUAAUAGAAUUAAUAGUAAUAAAAUGUACCUGCCUAGCAAGAAGAAUAGCAGUAGCAAUAAUAGGGAGGAUGGAACUUCUCAAUGUUUCAUAUGAUCUUGCUUUUUAUUGCUGGAAAUUUUGUUUUCAAUAUGAUUAAGGGUAAUAAUAUAGAUAGAAGCAAUCCUAAUUACUACCACAAUGCGUUUGAAAAUGAUUAAAAUUUUGAUUUAAAGAUAAAAAUUAUCAAAGACAACGAAGUCUUGCACAGUUGGGAGACUUAGAAUUUGCAAUACAAUUAUGAUGAAAAAAAUUUUAUUAACAAAACAUUUUCUCUCACUUAAGAGUAAAUUUUCAGCGAGCCUUAUCCAGAAGUGAGUAUAAGCAUAAGAAACUAGGAUACUGGAGCUUAAUUGAACGCAUAAGGCGAAUUAGUUGUUAUUUAAGAAAAGAUCACUAAAGAGCAGCUAUAGAAUUUGAUUUCAUCUGCAAAUGAAGACGUUCCUCAACCUAAAACUAAGAAAGAAAGCAAGAAGAGAGAGAAAGCUCCUCACUUUAGGUAAAGAUUUUACAUAUAGCUUUCACAUGACACCAAUUCGUAUCAUCCUUAGCAAAUACCUCCUUAAUUGAGAAAUCUCCUCAAGAUAGAUCACUAAAAAAGAUUGUACCUUCCUAUUUUGGAUGUGUCUUAAUUCUGGGUUAGACGUAAAGAUUUAGUAUAUCAAGGUUAAAUCGAAGAAGAACUUGCUGAAGAAAACAAGAAUUAACCUGCAACAACAGCAACCUAGGAGGUUAUUGAUUAAAAUGAUUUGCCAUCAGUUUACAACACUACUAUUGUCUUCUAUCCUUACUGGCAUGCAAAGCUUCUUAUGAUAAGCCAGAUGGAAUAAACAUUUAAUGAUUAAGCAAGUUAUGGAUUACACGAUGCAAAUUCUUUAGAACAAUUCAAAGAAAUUUUAGGAGACAAUAACCCUUAUUAUUUAGCAAUUACAUUUAUUGUUUCAAUCCUACAUUCUGUUUUUGAAUUGCUAGCUGUUAAAAAUGAUAUUUCUUAUUGGAGGAAUUUAGAAAACUAUCAAGGUUUAAGCUUGAGAAGUUUAUACACUGGAUUCGUAUUUGAGGUUGUUGUAUUCCUUUAUUUACUUGAUAGUGAAGAAACUAGUUGGCUUAUCAUAGCCUCUUCGGGCAUAGAGUUGUUGGUAACAGUUUGGAAGAUCUACAAAACUGCAAAGUGUUAAAGAAGAAAAGACAACAAAUUCCCAUUCUUCGAAAUUGAUUAAACCCAACAAAGUUAUAUUCGCACAACUGAAGAGUAUGACAAGCAAGCAACUAAGUAUUUGUAUUAUGCUUUGGUUCCCUUAUUAGCUGGAUACACUGUUUACUCUCUUAUCUACCUUGAGCACAAGGGUUGGUACUCAUUCGUAAUUAGAACUUUAGUCGGAUUCAUUUAUGUCUUUGGUUUUAUUAAUAUGACUCCUUAGCUAUAUAUUAACUACAAGCUUAAGAGCGUUGAGCAUUUACCAUGGAGAACUAUGAUUUAUAAGUUUUUGAACACUAUUGUAGAUGACUUGUUCGCCUUUGUCAUCAGUAUGCCUUUGCUCAAGAGACUUUCUUGUUUCAGAGAUGAUAUUAUUUUCAUAAUCUAUAUCUAUCAGAGAUAAAUUUAUAAGGUUGACCACAAAAGAACACAACACGGUUUCAAAAAAGAAGACCUUGUACCUUCAGACCAAAAAGAAAAAGCUGACUGA